CCCCGUCCUCUGUAUUCCCAGGACUGUCCAGAGGAAAAGGUCCCAGAGAAUCCUCAGAUGAUAAAUCAGGGGGAAGAUCUGACUGAUAUUAAAGUGGAGGAUGAAGAAGAGAGGAUGAUGAGUGAUCCCCUAUGUAAGAGUGAGGUGGAGGAGUACAUUCCUGGAGAUGUCACUACAGGAAAUCCCAGUAGGAAUUCUGAAGAUGAUAAUGAAGAUAUCAUGCAGCGCUCUUCAGGAGAAAACCUUAAUGUACAUCCAGGACUUCAAAGUACAGAUCUAUUAUAUAAUCCCCUUAAUUAUCAAGAACCUUUUCCUGACCAAUCACAGAUUGUUACCACAACUAAAGGUCAGAAAGGGGAUAAAGGGUUUCACUGUGUUAAAGAGUUCACAAAAAUCUCAAGUCAUUCUACAGACAGAGGAUUUCACACAAGGGAGAAGCCAUACUCCUGUUCAGAAUGUGGGAAAUGUUUUACAGAUAAAUCAAUUCUUGUUAUACAUGAAAGAAUUCACACAGAAGAGAAACCAUAUUCAUGUUCAGAAUGUGGAAAAUGUUUUGCAUAUAAAUCAGUUCUUGUUGGACAUAAGAGAACUCACACAGGAGAGAAACCAUAUUCGUGCUCAGAAUGUGGAAAAUAUUUUACUGAUAAAUCAAAUUUUGUUAGACAUGAGAGAAUUCACACAGGAGAUAAACCAUAUUCAUGUUCAGAAUGUGGAAAAUGUUUUACAGAAAAGUCAGAUUUUGCUAAACAUAAGAGAAUUCACACAGGAGAGAAACCAUAUUCAUGUUCAGAAUGUGGAAAAUGUUUUGCAUAUAAAUCAGCUCUUGUUAAACAUAAGAGAACUCACACAGGAGAAUAUUCGUGCUCAGAAUGCGGCAAACAAUUUACACAGAAAUCAGAUCUUGUUAGACAUGAGAGAAUUCACACAGGAGAGAAGCCAUAUUCAUGUCCAGAAUGUGGGAAAUGUUUUACAGAUAAAUCAAAUCUUGUAACACAUGAGAGAAUUCACACAGGAGAGAAACCAUAUUCAUGUCCAAAAUGUGGGAAAUGUUUUACAGAUAAAUCAAAUCUUGAUGUACAUGAUAUAUUUCACACAGGAAAGAAACCAUAUUCAUGUUCAGAAUGUGGGAAAUGUUUUGCAAGGAAUUCACAUCUUGUUACACAUGAGCGAAUUCAUAGAGGAGAGAGGCCAUAUUCAUGUUUAAAAACUGGGAAAUGUUUUACAGAAAAGUCACAUCUUGUUACACAUGCGAUAAGUGACAUAGAAGAGAAACUGUAUUAAUGUUUAGAAUGUGGGGAAUGUUUUACAGAUAGAUCUUGUUAGAUAUGCGACAAAUCACAUAGGAAAGAAAACAAAUUCAUGUUUAGAAUUAGGGAAAUGUACAGAUAAAUGUACAGAUAUUUUUAGACAUGACAAGACAUGACCUGCAACCAAAAAUCCAAGUGUUGUUUUUUGUUUUUUUGUGACCAUCAUGGUAUAUCACAUUGUCAAAUCAUUUUUUAGUAUCUUUAUUGAUUAAUUUUCAUGAGAAAAA